CAAGACUUCCACAUCCUUGUAAGAUUCCACUCGUAUUAGAGGGUAGCUGAAUGGUGGGGCCGGGUUCUCGACUGCGAGUACAUUGACUUCUCUCAAUGGUAAACUGAUGUAGUUUGCCCUUCUACACUUUCACACCUGUACUCAAACUGUCUUAUACCCCCCAUCCAACGAUUACAACCAUACCUACCAGCCCACCAAGAUGACCGACCUACCAACGAUUCCCCUCCUAAUAAACGGCAAAGAAGAAUACACACCUACAACCUUCCCCGUCACAAGUCCCUACACGAACACCCCCUGCUGGAACUCCUCAUCCGCAACCCCCGCCGACGCCCUCCGCGCCGUCCAGGCGGCGGAGGCGGCCUUCCCCUCCUGGUCCUCCACAAAGCCCAACGCCCGCCGCGACAUCCUCCUCAAAGCCGCCGACUUGCUCGAGGAGCGACUGGAGGAGAAUGCUUUGUACAUGCGGACGGAGAUGGGCGCGGACGAGGGGGCGUCGGCGGGAUUUGUGGUUCCGUUGGCGAUCCGUAUGUUGAGGGAUAUUGCGGGGAGGAUUAGUUCUAUUUGUGGGAGUGUACCGGUCGUGGAGGGGGAGGGACAGAGUGCGAUCGUCUUCAAGGAGGCGAUGGGUGUUAUUUUGGGGAUUGUGCCGUGGAACGCGCCAUAUGUUUUCGGGAUACGGUCUGCCGCAUGCGCCCUGGCCGCUGGAAACACGACGAUCCUCAAAUCCUCCGAACUCACGCCGCGCUGCUAUUGGGCCAUUGGCCGUGCUUUCGAGGACGCAGGACUACCGGCCGGUUGUCUGAAUAUCUUACACUGCCGACCACAGGAUGCACCCGAGGUCGUCAAUGCGAUGAUUGAGCAUCCGGCUGUGCGAAAGAUCAAUUUCACUGGUAGUACAGCUGUGGGACGGAAGAUUGCGCGGACGUGUGGCCAGAACUUGAAGCCCUGUCUCAUGGAGUUGGGUGGGAAGAAUAGCUCGAUUGUAUGCGCGGACGCGAAUUUGGAUGUCGCAGUGCAGGGUGUGCUGGCGGGUGCUUUUCUGAAUUCCGGUCAGAUUUGCAUGGCAACAGACCGCAUCCUCGUCCACUCCUCCAUCGCAGCCCAAUUCACCAACGCACUGAAAACCGCCCUCGCGGCUGGCGCAUCGGCCUCGUCCCUCCCACCGACUCUCGUCAACGUUGCGUCCAAAGUUCGCGUGCAAACCCUCAUCUCCAGUGCCCUCGCGUCCGGCGCACACUUCAUCUCCGGUCCAAAGGAAUCCCCACUGCCUGCUGACGCAGGCGUGCGUAUGGCCCCCACCGUUUUGGGCGGAGUCACGGAGGAUAUGCCGUUGUGGCAGGAAGAAGCGUUUGCGUCCGUGGCGGCAUUUAUGGAAUUCGAGACUGAGGAGGAGGCGGUGCGGUUGGCGAAUGGGAGCGGGUACGGGUUGUCAGCGAGUGUGUUUACAGAGGAUUUGAGGAAGGGGCUUGCAAUGGCAAAGAGGCUUCAGUCUGGGGCUGUGCAUAUUAACAGUAUGACGAUUCAUGAUGAGCCGGUGCUGCCGCAUGGUGGAGUGAAGAAUAGUGGAUGGGGCCGGUUCAAUGCGGACGAGGGGCUGAAUGAGUUCUUGGUAACGAAAAGUGUGACCUGGAUGGAUUAGUCUUGUUGGUCCUGUCAACCUGAAUCAUCAGUUGUAGUAAUUGGCAUGGGCAUUGUGUAUAUAGCGUCGUUAGUUUCUUUUCGCCAUGGACUGAAUAUUCGGUCACGGUUACCAUCUCAAAACCCAGAACCUUCUUCUGUUGGGCAAUUUGAUGCUCCCUUGGGACGAGUUGAGCUUCAUCGCAUUGCAGGAAAGCACAUGAAGUUGAAAUGGCGCUAUCACAAGCAACAAGGUCUCCCUGCUCAUGUUGAGCACACAGAUUAAAGAUCGCGGAGACGCGAUGUUUGUGGGCCAUAAUCCGCUCUAUAUAGCUUGUCGUUCUCCUCUCCUGGGCUUGUCCAGCUGCCAAAUCCCUCCUUACCGCGAAUCUCAGAAUUAUCUUUCGACACAUUCUGUCGAAGGUUGCCCGGGC